GCUCGCGCCCUCGCCGAGUCCGCGCGGAGACGCGCCUUGCCGGCUUCUUAGCUUCCAGCCAAGAUGGCGGAGUGUGCUGAUGGACUGGGCACUGUCCCGGAGCACGAGCGGAUAUUGCAGGAGAUCGAGAGCACCGACACCGCCUGCGUGGGGCCCACCCUCCGGUCUGUGUAUGAUGAUCAACCAAAUGCACACAAGAAGUUUAUGGAAAAGUUAGAUGCUUGUAUCCGAAAUCAUGAUAAAGAAAUAGAAAAAAUGUGUAAUUUUCAUCAUCAAGGUUUUGUAGAUGCUAUUACGGAACUCCUUAAAGUAAGGACAGAUGCAGAAAAACUGAAGGUGCAAGUUACUGAUACCAACCGAAGGUUUCAAGAUGCUGGAAAAGAGGUGAUAGUCCAAACAGAAGAUAUUAUUCGAUGUAGAAUUCAGCAGAGGAAUAUUACAACGGUAGUAGAAAAAUUGCAGUUAUGCCUUCCAGUGCUGGAAAUGUACAGUAAGCUAAAAGAACAGAUGAGUGCAAAAAGGUAUUACUCUGCUCUGAAAACUAUGGAACAAUUAGAGAAUGUAUACUUUCCACGAGUUAGUCAGUACCGGUUUUGUCAGCUAAUGAUAGAGAAUCUUCCUAAACUUCGUGAAAGUAUUAAAGAAAUCUCCAUGUCUGAUCUCAAAGACUUUUUGGAAAGUAUUCGAAAGCAUUCUGACAAAAUAGGUGAAACAGCUAUGAAACAGGCACAACAGCAGAAGACUUUCAGCGUGGCUCUGCAAAGACAAAAUAAUGUAAGAUUUGGGAAGAAUAUGUAUAUAAACAGUGAUAGAAUUCCAGAAGAAAGGAAUGAAAUUGAGGAAGAGGAUGAGAAUGAAGAAGAGGUUUUAACUGUUCAAGAUCUUGUUGAUUUCUCCCCUGUUUAUCGAUGUUUGCACAUUUAUUCUGUUUUGGGCAAUGAGGAAACGUUUGAAAAUUAUUACCGAAAGCAAAGGAAGAAACAGGCAAGACUGGUAUUGCAAUCCCAGUCAAAUAUGCAUGAAACAGUUGAUGGCUAUAGAAGAUAUUUCACUCAAAUCGUAGGGUUCUUUGUGGUGGAAGAUCACAUUUUACAUGUGACCCAAGGAUUAGUAACCAGGGCAUACACUGAUGAACUUUGGAACAUGGCCCUCUCAAAGAUAAUUGCUGUCCUUAGAGCUCAUUCAUCUUACUGCACUGAUCCUGAUCUUGUUUUGGAGCUGAAGAAUCUCAUUGUAAUAUUUGCAGAUACUUUGCAGGGUUAUGGUUUUCCAGUGAACCGACUUUUUGACCUUUUAUUUGAAAUAAGAGAUCAGUACAGUGAAACACUGCUUAAGAAAUGGGCUGGAGUUUUCAGGGAUAUUUUUGAAGAAGAUAACUAUAGCCCCAUCCCUGUUGUUAAUGAAGAAGAAUAUAAAAUAGUUAUCAGUAAAUUUCCCUUUCAAGAUCCAGAUCUUGAAAAGCAAUCUUUCCCAAAGAAAUUUCCCAUGUCUCAGUCAGUGCCUCAUAUUUACAUUCAAGUUAAGGAAUUUAUUUAUGCCAGCCUUAAAUUUUCAGAGUCUCUACAUCGGAGCUCAACAGAAAUAGAUGAUAUGCUUAGAAAAUCAACAAAUCUGCUGCUGACCAGAACUUUGAAUAGCUGUUUACUGAACCUUAUUAGAAAACCUCACAUAGGUUUGACAGAGCUAGUGCAAAUCAUCAUAAACACAACACACCUGGAACAAGCUUGCAAAUACCUCGAGGAUUUUAUAACUAAUAUUACCAAUAUUUCUCAAGAAACUGUUCAUACCACAAGACUUUAUGGACUUUCUACUUUCAAGGAUGCCCGGCAUGCAGCAGAAGGAGAAAUAUAUACCAAACUUAAUCAAAAAAUUGAUGAAUUUGUUCAGCUUGCUGACUAUGACUGGACAAUGUCUGAGCCAGAUGGAAGAGCUAGUGGUUAUUUAAUGGAUCUUAUUAAUUUUUUGAGAAGCAUCUUUCAAGUGUUCACUCAUUUACCUGGGAAAGUUGCCCAGACAGCUUGCAUGUCAGCCUGCCAGCAUCUGUCAACAUCCUUAAUGCAGAUGCUACUGGACAGUGAGUUAAAACAAAUAAGCAUGGGAGCUGUUCAGCAAUUUAACUUAGACGUCAUACAGUGUGAACUGUUUGCCAGCUCGGAACCUGUACCAGGAUUCCAGGGGGAUACUCUGCAGCUAGCGUUCAUUGACCUCAGACAACUCCUUGACCUGUUUAUGGUUUGGGAUUGGUCUACUUACCUAGCUGACUACGGACAACCAGCUUCUAAAUACCUUCGGGUGAACCCAAGCACUGCUCUUAUUCUCUUGGAGAAGAUGAAGGAUACUAGCAAAAAGAACAAUAUAUUUGCUCAGUUCAGGAAGAAUGAUCGAGACAAACAAAAGUUGAUAGAGACAGUGGUGAAGCAGCUGAGAAGUUUGGUGAAUGGUAUGUCCCAGCACACAUAGACUUCACAUCACUUGCAUUCAGGGAUACCAAAUCCGUGAGCCAACACUGACCACUAACAAGCACUGGCCAUGAUGCAGAAGUUUGUUUGUAGAAUUCAAAAAUACCAUAGAGAAAAGAUACUGAGGAGGGCAUACACAAGAAACAGUAAUAAAUAUCAUUUGUAUGGAUUUUUAAAUAAUUAAAUACUAUUUUAUAUAUAUAAUGUGAUAAUUUUUUCACUUUUAGGGGAAAAUGGCAAAAUUAAUAUAUAAGUCAAGUCAAAAAUUAUAUAUGAAAUUGGUUGUAAAUAUAUUAGAAAACGAUGUGCCUCUGCUUUUAAGUUGUGCCUUGGUUGCUUUGUUUUUCUUUUUAGAUUUGAAAUAUGUUUUUUCAUACGUGUUUGGCUUUGGAAUGCAGCUAUUGUCUGAUAUAGGAGAAAGUCUCUGCCCUUUGCUGACUUUCAGCUUUUAUUUUCACUUGAGAAUAUGAUUUAGGUAACUAACAUUUCUAGUUUCUCUGAUUCUAAUAGAGAAACAGACACAUUUUUAAAGCUCUCAAAAAUCAAACAUGUAUUGAUUCAGUAAGAACCCACAUGCAUGGGUUAAUUUAGUCUUUCUGAAUAUGAAGAAAGGAGGUUUGGAUUUUCUAAAGAUGCAGUGUUGUUUCUGUUCCUCAGGGUUAAUAUUCUGACUGUAUUGUUUGUAGCUAACCCAUUCUAGGAUUGGUUUCGUUCAGCGUAAAAGAGAGGACCAGUGUUAACUGGGGCAAGCCACUUCAGGUGCAGCCUGUCUAAGGUAGAUAAGUCCCUACACACAGACAUUACCACAGGGGUCAGAUUACUUUAUUCUACUAGCAUCCUCACUGUGGAAACAAGCCAAGCCGAAUGCACCCUUGAGAACCUAAAACAAAUGUACACUUUCCUUUGUGUAAGUUACUGGGGAACAAAUUGAGCACUAUCAAUCUGAUGCUUAUUUUCUCUUGGCUGUAUUUAUGCUUACUCCCUUGGCAUUUUCCAGCUUUAUGGCUCUAAAAAAAACAUACUUGACUCUGUAUAAUAACUAUAAAGAAUUAUAUGUACAUUUCUUGGUUCUGUGAUGAAAUAUUAAAAAAGAUUGAGCAAGUUGUUGGAA